AAAUGUCAACAAAUUCAAAUGAAAUUCCGUUAAAGACUUGGUUAGAAAAAUGCUUAGAUUUUCGUGUUUGUGAAUUUUAUUUAUAUAUUUUGUGUUAAUAGAAGUGUAGGCAGAAACUCUUCAAGAAACAAAUUGAUUUGAUGUUUUUGAGAAAAUGGCUCAUAUUAACUUUGUCAUACCUCAAACGAAAAACGAUUUGUUGUCUCACGAAUCCGACCAAUAUUUUGUGAGGGACGUUAUUGGACCAAAAGAAAUUUAUUCCAAAUUAAAAGUUGCUAAACAGUGCUUACGAGAUGAGGGACCUGAUUUUAUAUUGGAUAAUUUUGAUGUUUACUUUUCAAUAUUUCUUCGACCAGAGUCUCACACAAUGGAUAAUAUGAUGAUGGGUUAUUUAGAUCUACACAAAGCUGUAACCGACUUAAAUAAAAACAUUGGCUUUAUAUUGGAAGACAAAGAAAGUUUGAAUGAUGAAAUAAAAGCCAAGUAUCAAAACAUUCUUAAAAUGCUUUUAUAUGCUUAUACUAAUUUGGUAAUUACAAUUGAACAUACGAUAGACAUUAAAAGACAAAACAUGUUGCAAUCCAAGACAAAGGGCAAGAAGAAAGGAUCAGAUUCUUCAGCAGAUGAAGGUGUUAACAAGAAAGGAGUAGUUUUAGCUCUCAAUAACAUUUUGGAUAGAGAAAUAAGUUUUUUAUGGGAUCCUCCAGUUGUUGAGGAGGUUUUUAUUAAUAUGGUUAGUGAAGUGUUUUAUCGUUUUUUGGAAUUCCCUACUUUGAAAAGUGACCGAGAAUUACGCACUGAAUUAUUUAAUGCUAUAGGAAUUUUGCUAAAAAGGUACAAUCAUGGAAUGACUUUCAAUGUACGCAUUACCCAGUUGAUAAAAAUGCACGAACACUUGAUGUUCUGCAUUCCUGAAGGCAUACAACUUUUAGUAAAUGAUUACAACUGUAAAGGAUUAGUCAGGAAUUUUAUUAGGGAAAUUACCGAAUGGCAGACUGAUGAGAAAUUCCAAGACUCACAGUCUUAUACGUUGAGGAAUUCAGUUCUUAGUGUGAUCGCCGAGGUGGUGCUGACGGUGUUGAGUAAGGAUAACUUGAAUGAAGAAGAGAAAGACUCCCGGGAUGAACUCUUGGAGAUUUUAGAGGACCACAUCUUCGACACUUCGAGCUUCGUGAGAACGAAAGUUGUGCAGCACUGGGCCAAGUUGCAGAAGGAGAACGCCAUCCCUCUUAGUGUACAGAACAGCGUCUUGGAGAAGAUCGUGGGACGACUGUAUGACAAGGGGGCCAACGUCAGGAAGAGUGCUGCCAACUGCGUUUCGACUUUUUUAACGCAUAAUAUUUAUGGAGCAGAGUUGCAACUAAGUAAAAUGGAGAAAGAAUUACAACAAAAACGGGAUGAAUUAGACCGAUGCAAGGGCAAUAUGUGUCAAAACACUACGAAUAAAUUACAAGAACUCGAUAACGAAUGGACAGCAAAAGUAGAAAAGCUCAAGGAAGUUAUUGCUGAAAAACUUCAGGAAGAACAAAAAGAGGAGGAAAACGACGAAAAAGACGAAGAAAAAAAUUUAGCUCUUGAAGACGGAAUUCCAGCAUUAAUUCGUCAAUGUAUUACAGAAGAAAAGUUUGAUGAAGCUUUCAAAAUGUGUCGGCUUGCAGUAAAACACCUUGAUCAAUGGAAAGAAUCAAGUAAAAAUCUCGACAAAAGAGAAGAAGGGAACCUAUUUCUCGUGUUAAUGAAAACGGUUUUCUAUGGGCAGGGUUCUAGAGGUACCUUCGUCGAUUUAGAAACUAAUUUCAAAGUCCUCGAAAAACUAGAAAGUCACGUACAAUUUUUGACAAAUUGCGUCGGUUUUUUGCAACAGAUCAACAAAGCCAUUCGACCUAUGAAAGAGCUUUUGGAGUCGACAUCUAUUGGCGACAUGCAGGAAGCUGUUGAUUUCUUUGUCAUAGCUUUUCAAUUUAAAAUAGAAAAUGCUUUAGAUGGAAUACUGGCCAUGUUAAGAAUAAUGCAGAGAAAUGAACAAGAACGGAAGGAAUACGUGGUAAAUGCUUUCAAGACGAUAUAUUUGACCACCGACACCAAGAGUAUGAAGGAACACACUACAACUAUAGUAGACCGUCUCAUUCACCUUCUGAAGACGACACCCUACGACAGUUUAAAUGACUUUAGUAUAAUUGUGACCGAAUGGACUUCGAAAGGCAUUCUCGAUAACAGUGUGAUUGACGCCCUUUGGCAGUGUUUUACGAAGCAGAGAGACGUGUCGGAGGAUGAUAGCAGGGCUGCUAUCGACUUACUUGCCAUGGCUGCUAAGGGACGAAAAACUAUUAUAAGCAAGAAUCUGAAAAUGAUCGCGACGGUCGCUUUUACAGAGAGGGGCGAAAAGGAUCUCUUACUUUUGGCGUCUGCUUGUAGACUAAUGGCAAUAGCUGGCAUGGAAAAACAAAAUAUUACUGAUAAAAAUCCACCGUUUCGUAUAAAGACUGAGGACCCUAUUUGGAAGGAUCUAAUGUCCAUUCUCGAAAAAACGUUUUUCAACGCGGACCCUUUCUAUCCAACAGUCAUUUCAGCUGCUGCAGAAUUAAUUUACAGGCUGUGCUCAAAACCAGAACAGUUGUGGGAAGAAUUCAUUUAUAAAAUGGUACGCAUGGUCGUAGAGAAGUUUAAGGGCGGCAACGAACUUCCGAGAUACAUUAUCAUACAGUGCGGUCAUUUGUUUGGUGAGGUGGCUAUUAAGGAACUCCACUUUCUCGACGAAGCUAUUUACAAAGAAUUGAAGCGACGUCAGUUCAUUAGAGAUGAGAAGAAUGACAAGCAGAGAAAUAAAAGACACAACAGGACCAUAUUGGCUAAUGCCUCGUCUUCAAGACGAAAGAGCAGGAUUUCUUCAGUGGAUACUGUAGAGUCCAAGGUAAUUUAAUUAUUGUCUCCU